AUGGUCAAUUUCAUGCCAGUGACUAUUUGGGUCGUCUUGCGCAAGGCCCGAGUCCAGCAGGCUCUCCGGCGCGUGGCCUCCGGCGAGGACGGCCUCCUGACAAGGGAGCAGCUCGUGGGCGUCCUCAAGGAGAAGCGCAUCGCGGAGGAUGACGCCGAGCUGGACAGGAUUGUGGACACGCUGCAGUCCGGGGACCCUGCGGGCAUCGCGGUGUCGCGGCUGGCCGACCAUUUUCUUGACAACGCCCAUCCGCUGGGGCCGCCGGCCGCCUCAGUGGGCAGGGACGCGCUCCUGGCGCCGCCUUGGGAGAAGCGGCACUUGAGUGUGGUGGUGCAGGCGGCGCACACGGGAGGGGCGGUGCCGGAGUCGGCCUACUUCCGCUGCGGCUCGAAGAACGGGAAGGAGAAGCAGACGGCCGAAGACGUGCGUGUGCUCAAGCUCAUCGAAUCCAAGUUCCGGAAGAACGAACGCUCGAUGCGCCGGGUGUUCGAGAGGAUGGACACAGCGAAGGCUGGGAAGAUGAGCAGAGCGGACUUCGGUGCAGCAAUCAAUGCAGUGGGGCUGGCGAUUCCGGAUCAGCAGAUGGACAGGCUCUUCAAGGCCAUUGAUCCGAAAAAUUCUGGGACCGUGGACCAUCGGGAGUUCAUGAAGAGCUUUGGGUCGACGAUGGGGUUCGUUCAAAAG